UUCAAUGUAAUUUAUUUGGAAUUGAAACUCAUUUGCAUCAUUAAAAAUUAAAUAUUCAUCCAUUUGGAAAUUGUGGAAAUUCUACUACUGAAGAUGUAAGAAGAACUUAUCAAUAUGAUUAUGAAGAUAUUUCACCAAUGAUAAUGAAGGAUUUAUUGUUUUCUUAACAAUAUUAUACAGAAUUUGAUUAAAAAUUAAAUAAUAAUCGAUGAUAAUUUUUUGCUAUUACUUCUUUUGUGCUUACAAUAAUUUUUCUCCAUUUUUUCCAUAGCUGUUAUUUACUCCAAUAUUUAGUCUUAAAAGCGUCUUAUUUUUUUUGUGCCGCAAUAUGAUUUUAAGAGCUAACAUUCGUUUUGUAUAAUCAUUAAAUUUAACACUUGUGUAUCAUAUGUUGAAAAUGGUCUUGACGAUAUUUGAAUCGACAGUGAAGAUUUAUAUUAGAGAUCUGAAGAAUUUGUUAACCACAGAGGGUAACGUCGAUACCAAAUCAAAAAAUUUGCGAGCGAAGUACUUAUGGAGACCAUUCCCAUGCCAUACCUGUGGAAAAUCUUACACCCGAAAAGAUACCCUUCGUCGUCAUCUACGUUAUGAAUGUGGAAAAAAUCCUCAAUACAUUUGCUACGUAUGCAAGAAAGGCUUCAAGCAGAAAUCCAAUUUUCAACGCCAUAACUUGAAUGUUCAUGGAUUUAGAUUAUAUUUUGAGGUCAGUAAAGUGAAACGUUCGGCCUUUUAGAAAAGGAUAACAUGUAUGUAGAAAUACAUGAGUACAGUCCAAUUUUGUCAUUCUAUGCAAGGAAGAAACGUCGGAUUUUACUCCCUCUCCGUGAGGAGUAAAAUCGAAGUUAAUUUUGGGGAUAUGACAAAAGUAUUUUUUUACAUAUUGAUAGUCUAGAGAGAAGAAUGAAGACUUUUUCAUCGAAUUUAUAUCUUUAAGCAAAAUAAAAAAAAACAAAAAAAAAGGUUUUAAGAAAAAAAUAUCUUCAAUAAUUCUUAAUGGUUUACAUACUUUUUUCUACUAUUAAUUUUAUGAGUUCAUGGGAUAUGAAUACAACUGUUUGACACUUCAAUAAAUACUCAUUAUUAUCAGAAAAAUCAUAUUUUUAUUGAAUUUUACAUUUUAUCAAUUCACGUUCAUUCUGUACAUAUUUUAUUUUUGUUGGAUAUGCAUUCGUUAUGUAUUAUAAAUAUAUAUUUAUCUAGUCACUGAAGAUCAACUUGAAGAUCAUCACUUGAAGAUCACGAUCACAUUUUGUAGCAGUAAGAAAAAACAUCUUUUGAAGAUUUGAUGACUACAAUCUGUAAUCGAAGCUA